UGCCAGCCUGGCCGGUGCCAGCCCGGGGGCACCGCCGCUGCCCGGGGCCCAGGCGAGUGCCCACCCCGGUGCCAUCCCUGCCCCCGUGCCCAGGCCGGCCCCGAGCUGCCAACCGGGCAGGGGCAGCAGGAGAGGCUGAAGGUUUGCCCCUGCCCAGCCUGGCAGCAGCUGGCAGCAAGCAGUUGGCAUCGGAGGUCUGCUGCUGCCAACCUUGAGCCUUGGUGCCCACAGAGGAGGUUCUGAGUGCCCAGCAGUGCCCAGGGGGCAUGGACGAGGAGGAGGAAGGGGGGGAGGGGUCGGUGCCAAUCAGCUCCUGGUUGGCAUCUCUGCACCUGCAGCAGUACACUGAGAGCUUCCAGCGGUGCCAGCUGUGCCAGGUGGGCGACUGCCAGGCUCUGGGUGAGGAGGAGCUGAGCCAGCUGGGGGUGGCACUGCCAGGGCACCGCCGCCGCAUCCUCAUGGCCCUCCAGAAGGCCUUCCCCGAGCCCCCUGGCACCCCCCAGGGGCCCUCCAGCAGGCCUGUGCCCAGGAAGAGACACAUCUUUAGGCCUGCUGCCAGUGCCAGGCAGUGCCAGCCAGGCACACAGGGACAACUGGACCAGCAAGUGUGCCAACUGGACCAACAGUGCCAACCAUGCCAGCCAUGCCAACUGGACCAACUGGAUCAACAACUGGACCAACAGGGCCAACUGUGCCAGCAGAGCCACUUGGGCCAACUGUGCCAACUGGAUCAGCAGAGCCAGCUGUGCCAGCCCUGCCAACUGGACCAGCUGGGCCAACAGAGCCAACUGUGCCAACCAUGCCAGCCAUGCCAGCUGGACCAACCAGGCCAACUGGACCCACUGAGCCAACCGUGCCAAGCAGAGCAGCCAGAGCUCCCCAGCCCCCCCCAGCCUGGCACCAGCUGCCAGCUGGCACAGGAGGGAGCUCCAACCCCUCCCCCUAUCCCCCCCCGCCUGGGCACUCGCCCCCCCCUGAAAUUCUACCCCAUGCCAACCGUGGGCACCACUCAGCCUCCUGCCAUGCCCAUCAGGUGCCCACCGGGCCCAGAAGUGUCUCCCCCCCACUCCCCGGGCAGUGCCAGGCUCCCCCUGCCCCCUCUGCCAGCCAAACGCCACCAAGUGGAAGGUCAAAGCCAGUGCCAAGAGGCAGCCCUGGCACCCAAGUGCCCACCGCUGGUGCCCCCCAGGACUGUGCCACGCAGGAGCAGCGUUGGCACAGCAGAGGUGCCCAGCCCUGGCACAGGACCCAGCGUGCCCCCAUGCCCACCAGCCCUGCUGCCCAACACAAGGGCACCAAAGGUGCCCCCCAGGACCUCCUUGCCCUUCCUGCCCGAGUUUGAUGACUCUGACUAUGAGGACUCAGCCUGGGAGGAUGAAGUAGGAGGCCCCAGAGGGGAGAUGGUUGACAAGGAGGAGACUGAGCCCCCGGGGGCGGCUCCCUGGUGCCCACCUGGCAGCAGCCUCUGCGGUGAGGAUGAGCUCAGUGAGGACCACCCCGAGGCUGCCUGCAGCAGCGCUGGCAGCAGCCGGGGGCAGGCUCAGCCCUGCCCUCACCCCCCCAUGGCCAGCAGCGGGCACAGCCUGCCCGGGCACGGCAGCAGCUCCCCGGCGGGCACCAUCAAGGCAGGGUGGCUGGACAAGAGCCCACCGCAGGGGUCCUACAUCUACCAGAGGCGCUGGGUGAGGCUGGAGCCAGAGCACCUCAGGUACUUCGAGAGCCAGAAGGAUGCCUACUCCAAGCGCCUGGUGCCAGUCUCCUGCAUCCUGCACGUUGGCACCGUCGGGGAGCAGAAGUUUGAGGUCGUCACCACCAACCGCAGCUUCAUCUUCCGGGCAGAGAGCGAUGCUGACCGUAACGAGUGGGUCAGGGCCCUGCAGCAGGCAGUGGAGGAGAGGAAAGGCAAAGCCCUGCAGAGGGCACCGAUGGGCACCGAUGCCAGCCAGGAGGUUGGCAAGAGUGGCAUCCUGGAGCUGAGGGGCUUCAAGCACAAAGUCUUCGUGGUGGUGGCAGGGGACAAAGUCUUCCUCUACAAGAAUGCAGAGGACCACCAGGUGGGCAUUGGCAUCACCUACAUCGAGAUGAAGGUUGGCAGCGUCAAGGAGGUGGAGCGCCAAGGCUUCGACCUCGCCACGCCCCACAGGACCUUCAGCUUCCUGGCGGAGUCGGAGCCGGAGCGGGAGCAGUGGGUGGAGGCUCUGCAGGAAGCCAUCUCCGAGGCUCUCUCCUCCUCCGAGGUGGCACAGAGGAUCUGGCAGGUGGAUGCCAACCGCAGCUGUGCCGACUGCGGUGCCCCCAGCCCCGCCUGGGCAUCCAUCAACCUCUGCGUGGUCAUCUGCAGCAGAUGUGCAGGGGAGCACCGGGGGCUGGGCCCUGGCAUCAGCAAGGUGAGGAGCCUGAAGCUGGACAGGAAGGUGUGGACGGAGGAGUUGGUGCAGCUCUUCCAGCAGCUGGGCAAUGCUGUGGCCAACCAGUUCUGGGCUGCCAACCUCCCUGCCAGCGAAGCCAUCACCCCCAGCAGUGCCAGCUGGCAGCGGCGCCGCUUCCUGGUGGCCAAGUACCAGGAGGGCAAAUACCGACGCUGCCAUCCCCUCUCCGGCCACCAGGAGGAGCUCGACAGGGCUCUCUGCGUGGCUGUCACCACCAGCGACCUGGCCGAGACCCAGGCCCUGCUCUUCUGCGGGGCCUCUGCCAGCUGUGCCAGCGGCGACCCCCUGUGCCCCACGCCCCUGGCCCUGGCAGAGCGCAGUGGGCAGAGGCUGCAGAUGGAGUUCCUGCUGCAGAACAAGACCUCAGAGACCCCCCGGCUGGAGGUGGGCAUCAGCCAGGAGAAGGCCUACUUGGUGCCCCUGCCCUCUGUCACCCACAAUGGCUUCCUCUACAAGACCCCAUCCAUGGCCAAGCCCCUCGGGGAGAGGAAGAGCACAGAAGAGUUCAGCCGCCGCUGGUGCAGGCUGCGGGAGGGAGUCCUCAGCUACUACGAGAGCGAGCGCAGCGCAGCGCCCAGCGGCCAGCUCCGGGCGCAGGACAUCGUCUGCCUGGCCAGGGACCCCCCCCACACCCACGGGUUGGAGGGCACCUUCGAGGUCUACACCGAGGCCGAGAGGCUUUACCUGUUCGGGUCAGAGAGCUCCGACAGUGCCCGCGAGUGGCUGCUCUGCAUAGCCAAGGCAGUCCUGCCCCCGCUGGCAGAGGAGCUGUUGGCAGAGGACUUCCAGCGCCUGGGGCGCCUGCGCUACAAGGGAGGCUUGGACCUGGAGCAGCUCAGGGAGGGUUGGUUUGCCCUGGCAGGAUGCCAGCUCCAUCUGUGCCCACAGCAUGGGCACAGGCAGGAGCCCAUCCAGCUGAGGAAGCUGCAGGAGCUCUCCAUCCAGGGAGACAACGAAGUGUUGGUGCUGGUGGAGAGGAGGAGGACCUUGUACCUGCAGGGGGGUCGGAGGUUGGAUUUCCAGGGCUGGGUGCAGGCCAUUCAGAAGGCUGCAGCUGGCACCGGUGCCAGCCUGGCAGAGCAGCAGCUGACCGAUGCCAACGUCCCCCUGCUGGUGGAACGUUGCAUCGAAUACAUCACCCAGUGUGGGCUGACGUCGGAGGGCAUCUACCGCAAGAGCGGGCAGACGUCGCGGAGCUGUGGGCUGCUGCAGCUGCUGCGCCGCGAUGCCCGCGGGCUGCGCCUGCGCCAGGGCGAGCAGCAGGUGGACGACGUCGCCAGCACCCUCAAGCGCUUCUUCAGGGAGCUGGCACAGGGCAUCUUCACCCAGCGCUGGGGCCAGCACUGGCUGCAGGCCAGCGACCUGGAGGAUGAGGAGGAGAAGCUGAAGGAGUAUCGGCGGCUCCUGGACGCCCUCCCCACAGUCAACAGGGCCACGCUGAAGGCACUCAUCAACCACCUCUUCAGGGUGCAGCUGUUCUCCAGUGAGAACCAGAUGAACACUCACAACCUGGCCAUAGUCUUCGGGCCCACCCUCUUCCAGACGGACGGGAAGGACCUGAAGGCAGGCAGGGUGGUGGAGGACCUCAUCAGCCACUACGUGGAGAUCUUCAACGUGGAGGAGCAGGAGAUGAAGAAGCAGCAGGACGAGAUCUUGGCCAUCAUGAAGCUGCGGGAGGCAGCAUCUAGUGGCACCCAGCAAGCUGGGGACUUCAUCUGCACUGUCUACCUGGAGGAGAAGACGCCGGAGGCUGAGCAGCACAUCAAGAUCCCAGCCGCGAUGACAGCUGAGGAGCUGACCCUGGAGAUCCUGGAGAGGAGGAAGAUCCUGGUGAAGGAGAAGGAUUAUUGGAGCUGCUUUGAGGUCAACGAGAGGGAGGAGGCAGGUGGGGAUCUGGCCCGGGCUGGAGGGGGGCUGGAGGUGGAUGGAGGCAGAGUGAGGAGAUGCUGGGGUGGGCAGUGA